AUGUUUAUACUACAGCAUCUACCAAUAGUAUGUCUUGUUUUAAGCGGACAUUUAUGUGUCGUUAUUAGUUUGUGUAGUUCCAAGCUUGAAAACUCAUUGUUUGAUGACCUUAUUGGAAGGAUGUUAAAGCUGAAAGGGACAGGGCAUGUAGGACAAGGAAACGCAUCGAUACAAAAAGAUACACCUGGCUUCUCAUUCUAUUUGACUUCUGCACAAACUGCAUCGGCCAAUGCUAUUGUAAAGUUUAAUAAGCUAUGGACAAAUACCAUGAACGCAUAUGACGUCACUACAGGUGUCUUUACUGCUCCAAUACCUGGUCUUUAUCAUUUUUCUGCAGUUUUGAUGUCAGUGACUGGAAAAAGUUUAUUUCUUCAUUUAUGGAACAAUGAUACAAAUACCGCUGGAAGUUUUACGAUUGGCGACGGUCAUAAAACUGGUUCCUUUGAUGUCGUGUUCAAGUUAAAGAAAGGUGAUCGCGUCUAUAUUAGGUGUUCUUCGAGUUGUAAUGGUCAAAAAAUCUACAGUAGCAAUAAUAACUACAGUACCUUCUCCGGAUAUCUCAUAGCUGAAUAAAUAGUUAUAAUGUA